CUCCCCAGGAUGAGAGUCUGUGCUAAGUGGGUGCUGCUGUCACACUGGCUGGUUCUGGCCUAUGUGUUAAUGGUCUGCUGUAAGCUGAUGUCCGCUUCGAGCCAGCACCUCCGGGGACACACAGGUCACCACCUGAUCAAGCAAGGUACUUGUGAGGUGGUCGCCGUACACCGCUGCUGCAAUAAGAACCGCAUAGAGGAGCGCUCUCAGACGGUCAAAUGUUCCUGCUUCCCAGGCCAGGUGGCCGGCACAACUCGGGCCCAGCCUUCUUGUGUUGAAGCUUCCAUUGUGAUUGAGAAGUGGUGGUGCCACAUGGAUCCUUGUUUGGAAGGAGAGGACUGUAAAGUGCUUCCAGAUGCCUCGGGUUGGUCCUGUAGCAGUGGCAAUAAAGUCAAAACCACCAAGGCAAGAAUUUCUUGUCCCACAAGAAAUGCUGGAGGGGACAUUGGAGGAGCCAACGAGGAGCAGCGCUGGGAGAACAUGCAUCUUCUCGUUCCCCUUUCUCCACGGAACAUGGACAGGAAGUACAAAGUGACCCAGGCCGUUCCUCUUUUAAAUGUGUCCUUUAGCCAUUAUAUAGAAGGCGUGAAAGGAGUCUAA